AAAACUGAACAGUGUUUCCGGCUCUUCUCAGUUGUGGAUGCUCGUGUUUUCGGCAGUUUCCGGGGAGACUCGGGGACGCCGCUUCUUGCUUUCUCUGUUCUGAUCGCCUAGUGCGGCGGGGCAGGGUACGGGGCUAGUCAUGGCGUCCCCGUCCAGGAGACUGCAGACUAAACCAGUCAUUACUUGUUUCAAGAGCGUCCUCCUGAUCUACACUUUCAUCUUCUGGAUCACUGGUGUUAUCCUUCUCGCUGUUGGCAUUUGGGGCAAGGUGAGCCUGGAUAAUUAUUUUUCCCUUUUAAAUGAGAAGGCCACCAAUGUUCCCUUUGUGCUCAUUGGCACUGGCACUGUCAUCAUUCUUUUGGGCACCUUUGGCUGUUUUGCUACCUGCCGAGCUUCUGCGUGGAUGCUAAAACUGUAUGCAAUGUUUCUGACUCUCAUUUUUUUGGUUGAACUGGUUGCUGCCAUCGUAGGAUUUGUUUUCAGACAUGAGAUUAAGGCAAGCUUUAAGAGUAAUUAUGAGAAAGCUUUAAAGCAGUAUAAUGCUACGGGAGAUUAUAGAAGCGAUGCAGUAGACAAGAUUCAAAAUACGUUGCAUUGUUGUGGUGCCACCAACUUUAGAGAUUGGGAGAAGACUGAUUAUUUCAUAGAAAAAGGAUUUCCUAAGAGCUGCUGUAAAGUUGAAGAUUGUUCUCCUCAGAGAGAUGCCGAUAAAGUAAACAGUGAAGGUUGUUUUAUAAAGGUGAUGACCAUUAUAGAAUCAGAAAUGGGAGUUGUUGCUGGAAUUUCCUUUGGAGUUGCUUGCUUCCAGGUGAUUGGAAUCUUUCUCGCCUACUGCCUCUCUCGCGCUAUAACAAACAACCAGUAUGAGAUAGUGUAACCAACAUUACACAGGUUUACUCCUCUCCAACUUUAAGGACAUUUACAUUCCCCUCUGUGAAUUACUAGAUUACCUGGUUGGAAAACUGCCUCAUGUCACCAAAGACCGAAAAACUACACCAAUAUAGUCUGAUUCAAUCUAGACAUGUGUUCAAUAUGUAAUAAGUCCAUCUUUUGUCCUAUUCAUUAUGUAAGAUCAUUGAAAUUCCCUUAUCACUCUGAAACACUGGAAGAGCUAGUAAAUUGUAAAUGAAACAGUGCUGUGUUCCGCUUGAGUAUUGUUUUUUCUCAAUGUAGGGCUUUUGAAAGGCACUGUGGAUUUUCUGUUUUGAUGUACUAUACCCCUUUGAACUGGCCCCUUCUCUGAUAAGGUUAUUUGGUUUGAUUGCAUAAACUGCAUCAAGAAGUUAAAAUGUUUCGAUUAGUCUCUGUUCUGCUAGUAGGUGGAGAGUGACAUUGUGUAAUUUAAUUCCAGCCAGGAGUUGGAUGGCAUCCAUCAGAGUUGCCAGAUGGUGGUAAUGGUCUCUGACCUAAGGUACCCAAGACUAAAGGGCACUGCCAUGUUCUGUGACACAUCAGAUAGCAGCACACUUAUACUUUACAUUUCUUUGCCUCCAAGUUAAGGUGUUUAUACUGAUGUUUAUAUUACCUCUAUCACUUGAAAGGUUCUAAUUAAUGGUGUCGGGAUUAUUGUGUUUUCCUGAGAAAUUUAAAACAACUCAUCUUCAUUAGCUGUAGCUGGUAUUUCUUUACCAGAUUGAUAUGACUUAAUUACCAAUAUUGUGGUCAACUUUAAUAAUCUUAGUUUUGGUUUGUGCCUUUAAUAAGUAUAAGACUUUUACGCAAUAAAUGUUGUUUUCCUCUAAAAUCAUCGUGUUUAAAUUCACUUUUAGAAAAUCUACUGGAUGGUUGUUUUCUACUGAGAAAGCUAAGCCCCAUAUUUCUACUUAGAGUAUAGUUUUACAUAUGAAAUGUAAAACUGAGCUAUUGACUUUGUCUUUAAACAAAUUAGUUCCCAUACUGUUAUCUGUGUCUAUGAGAUU